AUGGUAGAUUCUUACUCUAAAGACAUGCAAAACCAGUUUGAGGUCCUAGAGAGAAUGGGUGAACGCAAGCACAGAGAUCACGAAACAAGUUUUACUCAAGCUAAGAUAGUGAUCUUUAGAAGCUCAAGUGAUGAGCCUCAAGAAGCAGUGGGUGCUGAGAGAUGA